UAUUAUUAUUUUACUUUAGCAAUCGGUUUCAUAGUUUUUAAAAGAGGCGGACAAGAUGGGUUGUUUUCACGUAGGCGUUUCAACCCACUAAACAUACAUGAUUCAAAGAACGAACAUCAAAAAGAAAAGUCAUUUUAUGUAAUCCAUUAUUGCUGCCAUUUCACAGGGGUAUGUUGCCUAUUACUUCACAGUCAGUGAAUCGACUGUUAGCCUGCUUUAACAUCUCAAACAUUACCAAAAAGAACAAAAAAAGAACUUCAUGCUGUGAGGAAAAUUAAAACACAAUAAUUGAAAACACGAAAACACUCUGAGUAYUGAAAGCCGGAGGAUUUUCUAUAGACGAGCCUGCAUUAGGAUUCAGCUCGUCUCCCAAGAGACCAUUCUAGUGUUUUUGAUUCUUUCAUUUGGAGAACAGCAGCUGUACUCGGACAACAUAUGCAACACUUCACAGUAAACUAUCAGUCAAAUACUAUCAGGCUAUAUAUGUGACGCUCAAUUGAAUACUCGAUAGAGAGCUCUAUUGCCUAUACUAGUCCGAUUGGUGCAUGUACAAAAGUUAGUUGCUGCCUUGAAUAGACGUGUCAAACCCUCAAGRCAUUCAUAGUCAAAACCACCGACGCUCUCAUGGCAAARGCACUAACUACAACAACUAUGCUACCGCAUAUCAACAUAACACCACCCACUAACGCCAGUCAUAUGCAGACUUCGACUUCAGAACUCGAUGAGUACACUCGCCAUGCACGAAUUCUAAAACUGGCUUUGUAUGUUAUYAUAUUCUUGAUCAGUUCCAUCGGGAAUUCUAUGGUUUGUGUCAUCAUUCUACGAAGAAAGACAAUGAAAACAGUCACCAACUAUUUCAUUCUGAACUUGGCAAUUGCCGAUCUGGCUUUAACGUGUAUUUGUAUUCCAUUUGACAUUCCAGUCCAAGAAAUGAACUACGUAUGGCCGUACGGUGGCUUUAUGUGUAAAAUACUGUACCCGCUACAAACKUUAGCACURUUUGCUUCUAUUUAUACCCUGACAGCGGUGAGUUUGACGAGGUACUGGGCCAUCGUUCACCCACUCAAGAAACAGUUGACAGUUGUUAAAGCCAAAUUUGUGAUCUUUGGAAUAUGGGUGUUUUCCUUAAUCCCUGUAUGCCCCUAUAUCAUCAUACUUAAGUACGACUCAGGGAAGAAAUCCUGCGAUGAAUCAUGGGAUAGCCACAAUACGCGAAAGGUCUACACAGCAUUUUUAUUUACGUCACAAUACGUCUUACCGCUUAUCGUCAUAGCAACUGCUUACAUAAGUAUUGCACUUGAACUCCACAAACGCGAGUUUGUAACCGAGUGCUUGCGAAGGCAACAGUUGGAGGAGACGAGAAAAAUAGUGCGCAUGCUCAUUGUAGUGACGGUAUUGUUCGCUGCGUGUAUGCUUCCUAAUAAUAUCAUGUGGAUGUGGCUAGACUUUGGACAGGCUGAUAAACACUUUAAUUACUUCUGGGAAGUCAUAGCUUUUAGUAAUAUCUUAACAUUUGCAAACAGUGCUGCUAAUCCACUUUGUUACACCAUUUUAAACGAAAACUAUCGAAAAGAGUUUAAAUCUGCACUUCAAUUCUGCUGGCAGAGGACGGAGGAACGGGUUGGAAACCAAAUGCGAAAGGGAAGUAGUUUGUCUGGCUUUGAGCUUCUUAAGAUACCUCGAUCAAAGUCAACAACUACGACCGUUAGYACACUGUAGACGUUCUUUGACUACAUUCCAACAUCUCAAGAAUCAGUAAAAAUGCCAAAUUUAAUAAUACUUACUUAUCACCACUAUCGUUACAAAGACCGC